GAGAAUUCCAAACCGACACCAUCACCUCCUCUUGAACCAGCCGAGAGUGCUGCGCCAUUUAUUUCAACGUAUACUUCGGUAGCCAACAUUGAUCCAAGCUCUAGUAGUCGUUGUGACGCUAGUCCCUCACCACCAAAGGAUCCUCAUCCCACACUGGAGGAGGUUUCCAACGCCUCAGCUGCGGUACUGGCUCCGGAGAAGCCACUCAGAGCGGUGGAAACGACUCGACAACAGGACUUUUUCUUGAAUCACAGCGCAUACGCCGAUAGUAUGGAUGAGUCGAGGUUGCGGAGCGGGAAGACCGACUUGGUAUCCAUUCGGACAGACUCCUUGAAAGCAGCCAAAAGAAGGUCAUGGGCGGCUUCGGAGGGAACUACGUUGCCCGAAGCGGACACGAUCCGCCGGAUACUCGAGGAGCAACGGAGAGGCAGAAAUCACUUCUUGCCUGAACUGCCGACGGCUCAUGAGGAAGUCAAAGCCGAAGCUAACGAAGCCGAGAAGGAAAGCUCGUCUGGCUCUGAUAGGACUGUAACUACUGAUGAUGAGUCUGUGGCAAAGAGUGACGACGAUAUUGAGAUGGAAGAGGUGAAUCGACGAGUUGUGAAGGGUAUUCUGCGUCCACUUGGAUUGAAGAAAGAGCGUCGAUGCAUCGAGUUCGAUCCGUUGGCGUUGAUGUUGGAUGCAGCUCUCGAGGGCGAAUUGGAUCUGGUGAAAUCCAGUGCUGCC